AUGGUGGUUUUUUUGGAUGUGGAUAGUGGCGGCAUCAGAGCCGUACAAGUUGGAUCAUCUUCAAUGAGCGAUUGUGAUGAUCUUAUGCCCGUGGAUGUGUUCAGUUAUACCGGAGGCUAUAUUUCUCUAAGAAAAUAUGGUGAUUUGAUGGAAGCAGAGACAGGGGAGAGAAAUUUCUUCUCUGUGGGGAAGAUGAUGCAGAGGUCAAUGUUGCCAAGUGUUGAAGUUGUGCCUACUACCACUGGUCUUUUUUUGUCUCAACACAAGUACAUCUGUGAUCUUUUGAGCAAGGCCCACAUAGAUGGUGCAAAGGAAGUCAGUACACCCAUGCCCACUUCCGCUCCUCUCGUGCUUCAUGAUGGUUCUCCUCCCACUGAUGCCACUAAGUAUCGCCAAUUAGUUGGUAGUCUUCAAUAUCUUAGUCUCACUCACCCCGACAUCUCAUUUGUUGUCAACAAGCUAUCUCAAUUCAUGCAUCAACCAUCUGACAUUCAUUGGCAAGCUUUGAAGCGUCUCCUUCGCUACCUCAAAGGCACCAUCUACCAUGGCCUUCUUCUCAAACGCUCUCGCACCACUACCUUGUCUGCAUUUUCUAAAGCAGAUUGGGCCGGCAACUAUGAUGAUUGA